AAUCUCUGUGCGAUUUAUGUCCCUUCUUAUCAGCGUAAUGUUCUUAGGGAAGUCAGUGUAACGUUGAUUCCCUGUGAAGGCACGUAGAGAGACUGCCUCUUUGAAACAUGCCAGAAAAUAAUAAACCCCGAGGAAAGUGUGGUGUGCUCGGUGACCCCGCGUGGCCAAGAACCUCCCUCGGCGUGCUCCUCGCCAAAACGGAGUGCGGCGCCCCACCUUUGCACGGCCUGGCCAGCACCACUUAUAGGGGAACAGCACCACCUGGCACGGAAGUCACCUACGUCUGUCCCUUUUCCCUGGUCUUCCCGAACAACGAACGGAAUCAUACCAUUAUAUGUACUGAUGACUUGAGGUGGAGCGUAUCCGACCUGCCCGCGUGUGUCCGCAGCGGGGAGCGCCACUGCACCCUGGGCGACGGCCUCUCUCUCGUAACCCGGGACAGCGGCAGCGCCCUUGAGGUCGACCUCCUCCUUCGAGCUCCGGUUCCGUCCUCGAUCCUCGCAGACGUGCCCUCGGAGGAUCAACAGGGCUUGUGCUCCUACGCCAAUCAGACUACAGCCGGUGAGGACCCCGAGAGGAGUCGCCUCGGAGUCCUGGCGAGGUCCUCAGCGCCGCGAUUCUUAAUGCUGAAGGCCGAGAAACACCUACGUGACGAGGCCGUUUAUACAGUGACGGUCACAGACGCCAACAUUGACCCAGGCGCGCCCUACGAGGUACGCUUAAGAGGGAUCGGAGACACAGUGGCCGUGUCUCUCCUGCAGGAUACUUACAUCAGCUCAACAAUUAGAUCUCUGGAGAUCGAAACCAUCACCCCGACAGCUACUACGCCCGCGAAAAUCCACGUUUCCCACUUCUACGCCAUCGGAAUCUUUGCCGACGACCACCAUCCUCGCAUUUGCGUCCAGCACACCUCAUACGACGAUCGCAAAGCCCUCGGUCACGACAGUCGCAUCAACAACAUCAUAAUGGGCCACAUGGUGA